UGUGCUGUCCCCUUCAGUGAGGACUGACACCGAGCGUUCAGGAUGCUGUCGGUUGUGGUCUGUCUGCAGCUGGUACUGGUCUCUGUGUUUAUGCAACCCACUGGAGAUGUCUGGGCUGAGUGGAGUCCGUACGGCGAAUGCAGUCGCAGCUGUGGCGGGGGGGUGACCGCGAGGACCAGGACAUGUGUAACCCAGCGGACUGAUGGGGGUCACCGCUGUGUGGGUCCAGAGAAGUCCUAUCGCUCAUGUAAUAUCCAGGACUGUCCCGAGGGUUCCCGGGAUUUCAGAGAAGAACAGUGCUCUCAGUUCGACGGCACUGAUUUCCAAGGAAAGCGCUACAAAUGGCUGCCAUAUUAUGGUGGAGACAAUCCUUGUGAGUUGAACUGCAUUCCCAGAGGAGAGAGUUUCUUCUUCCGCCAGAAGUCGGCUGUGGUGGACGGCACACCCUGCCACCCCGGAGCAAAGCACAUCUGUGUGGACGGGCUCUGUAAGCGUCUCGGCUGCGAUAACAUGCUGGAGUCGCCCCAGGAGGAGGACCCCUGUUUACAGUGUGGAGGGAAUGGACAGUCAUGCAAUAUAGUCAAAAACAGUUUCUCAAUGCGCAACCUGCCCAAAGGUUACAAUCAAAUGUUCAUCAUCCCUGUUGGCGCCACCACUAUCAGCAUCAAGGAAACUGUACCAACACGCAAUUACCUUGCAAUCAAGAACCUACGUGGUGAGUACUACCUUAAUGGACACUGGGCGAUCGAUUUCUCUCGAGCCGCACCCAUUGCUGGCACCGUGCUGUAUUACCAGAGGGGAACAGAAGGGGAAAAGACCCCCGAGGUCAUCACUGGCCGUGGGCCUACAACUGAGCCUCUAGUGAUAGAGCUAAUCACUCAAGAGGCUAAUGAGGGCGUGGAGUAUGAGUAUUAUCUGCCUAACGGACGCUUGACUGAGGGCUACUACUGGAGCUAUGGCUCCUGGUCGGCUUGCAGCAAGGAGUGUGGCUCAGGUUACCAGUCGCGUCUGGUCUUCUGUACCAUUGAUAAUGAAGCCUACUCUGAUUACCUGUGUGCCUCCCUCCCUCGACCCCUCAGCAACCGCACAUGCAAUGAACAGCAGUGCCCGCAAACCCGCAGGAUGGCGUAUGUGUACGAGCCGCGUUUGUGGAGGCCGAUGGAACCGCCACGAGUCUAUGUACAAGUGUUCAGCUGGACGACUGGCGAGUGGAACCCGUGUCCGGUGACGUGUGGCGGGGGUCUUCAGGUGAGGAGAGUGGAGUGUAUGUCUCACGACUCUGCAGGAUCGCGAGUGGUUGAGGAUUCUCAGUGCGCCGCUUACGCUCCCAGACCUCUCAGCCAACACAACUGCAACAUGCAGAAAUGCGCUCAAUACAGCAUUUCCGGCUGGAGUCAGUGUUCUGUGACAUGCGGCUCUGGGAAACAGAUGCGAGAUGUAGUGUGUGUGGGUUCAGACGGAGCUCCUCUGGAAGACUAUGCAUGCGGGACUCAACCGAAGCCGCCCAGGACACAGGACUGUGAGAUGCCCGUCUGCAGGAGCCCCAUUGGCUGGCAUAUAGGAGACUGGGGCCUGUGCUCUAAGAGCUGUGGCUCGGGGCUGCGGGAACGGCAGGUGAUCUGUUCAGACAGACAGAGAAACCUGUACAGGGUAGAGGAGUGCCAGGCCAAACCCAAACCUCCCACCGUUGAAAGCUGCAACGCUCAGCCUUGUUACAGGCCUCAGGAGGUGCCCAGCAUGCAGGACCCGACAGGUCAUGAUAACACCAUUCACGGCUUCCUGCCGUAUGUCCUUGAGGAUCCCUCACUGGAAACUCAUCAAAACAAUCCAGUCCACAAUCCUCAUGGCACAACUCUCACCCUUCACUGUAGCCAGACUCAAUAUGGCUGCUGUCCUGAUGGAAGUACCCCAGCCAGUGGACCUCAGCGCCAAGGCUGUCCCCAGGACCAAGGCAUAGCAUCCUGCACAUGGAGCAGGUACGGCUGUUGUCAUGAUGGUGUGACCAUUGCCCAAGGCCCCAACAAGGGGGGCUGUCCAGAUUCCUGGCCACACUGGUCUCCAGCAUCAGAUACCAUACCAUCUGCAACCACAGACUGCCAUACAUCCACCUACGGUUGCUGCUAUGAUGGUGUGACUGCAGCUGGUGGUACUCAUGGGGAGGGGUGCUUGAACACCCCCACCAAUACUCAGUUGACUCUGUCUUGUGACCUACCCCAUAUGGUUGGGCCAUGCGAUCAGUGGGCGUCCCGUUACUACUAUGACCGCUCUGCCUCACAAUGCAAGCACUUCUGGUAUGGUGGCUGCGAUGGCAACAGCAACAACUUCGCCUCGGAGGAGGAAUGCCAGAAGAUGUGCCUGAGAUCAGAGCUAAGCCAGCGGGACCAGGCGCAUGUCUUGCAGCACAGUGGACGUCGCUUCCCUGCACGUAUCAAUCUCAGUUCUAGCGGUGCGGCCCAUGGGCACCGGGCUCACCGACUGGCCCCCAGUGCCAUGCAGCAGAGCAGCCCCGCUGCCAGUUGGACAGCUGUUGGUGUGAGUAUAGACAAGACGGAUCCCUCCACGGUGGAGGGGCUGGUUGGUCAGCAGGUAGUAUUGCCCUGCAGGGUGACCCCUCGGCCCUCCUCCACUGUGGUUGUCGAGUGGAGACGCGACGGUGUCCUAGUUGACCUCGCCAGGCAUCAGCAGCAGUCCGAUGGCUCUCUGUUGGUGGGUCCCAUCACAUUGCAGGACUCUGGAUGGUUUCUGUGUGUGGCCACAAAAGACCGCGAGAGAGAUCACCGCUACAUUUACCUGUCUGUCUCAGGAACAUCCCAGAAUGGUGCAGGAAUAUCAGAGGUGGAUUCUUCACAAUCAUUCACAUCACAUUCAUCUUCCAGGUUCAACAUUGACCAUUCGCCCCUAGUUGAGGCUCGAGCAGGUCAGACUGCCAAACUGCAGUGUGCAGUGCUCCCGGUGUCUGCCAUGCAUGCGGUCACCGUUCACUGGAGCAGAGCUGGACAGCCACUCAACUCACUCAGGCAUUCUCAACACUCUGACGGCACGUUAAUGAUUAACCAGCUGACGUCAGAUGAUUCGGGGGUUUAUACCUGCACAGUCACGGACAGCCAGAAGUUUGAAGAACGUCAAAUCCAGCUCACGGUUUUUGGGGACCUCAGGAUCACCAAAGCCCCCACAGACACCGAUGUGCCGCAGGGCCGCACUGCUCAACUGCCCUGUGGAGUAACAGGAGAAAAUGUGAAGGUUGGCUGGUCACGGAACGGUGUGCCAGUGCGACCCGACGGGCUUCGUGUGCACGUGUCGGCAGACGGGACGCUCAUACUUAAUAAUGUCCAGUCAGUGGAUGAGGGGACGUACACCUGCAAUGCUUACUCUGGGACGUACUCCGUCAGUGCAGCGGCUGAAGUACGACUGGCCAAAUCCCCUCAACAAGGAAGUCAGGGCUUGCCAGCGGACUGUGUGGAUCAGCCUGAGUUGGCGAACUGUAAGCUGAUAGUGUACGCGCGACUGUGCUCCAGCCAGUAUUACUCCAGUUUCUGCUGCUCCAGCUGUGCCACAUAUGCCAGGGACAAAGACAGACCGAGGCAAAUCAGAUAGGUCAUGUGCAAUGAAUCCAGCAGCCUCAUUGGUCGAUUCAGACUCACCUCAUGAUUUAACAUCAGCAUCACCGGCUCAGAUCAACACUGACCUCAGAUCUGCAGCUAGUGUCAGACUGAACUUCACUAAGUCAAACUGAUGCAUUCAGUAUUCCAGCCUCAUUCAGAUCAGAGUUUAUUUAUCUUUGUAAUAUACAGUAUCUCCGUGUCCAUUUUAUUGUGUAACUGUUUUUUUUUUUU